UCAAUGAGAUAUGUAUAGACUUGUACACAACGCUAUUUGAUCUCCAGCAAACUGCGUGACGCAUACUUGUAAAUGUCAUACCAGUUGCCGGUGAUUUUUGAAAUUAUAAAGUUUGAAGGCAUGCAUCGUAAAUAUUCCUCUUUUGCUGUAUUUGCUCUUCCCCAAUCUCAUGGUCCGUAUUAGCGUAGCGAUACUUCCCUGUGCAGCUGUGCUACUGUCCGCUGUUACAUCCUCAAGCGCUCGCCAGAUGUCCAAGCGGGCAGUAUCGACAAUAUUCACGUCAUGUCCCCUUGAUCAAUCAUCGUAUGCCGGCAGAACUAUUGCACAAUACAGCGCCUAUCUUAUAAAAGGGGUUUACCUUCCAAGCGGUACACUAUUUAAUGGGCCUCUGGGAUUGAAGGGAACAUAUCAAAAUUCAGAAGUUACUUUUGGUGCUGCAAGAUACACGAACUGUAACGCCACCGAAACAAGUUUCAUUACCGUUAAUGAAAACGGUCUCGUCAUAAGCGGUGAAGACGGUAACAAGGAUGUCUACGUAACUGGAUCAGAACUCGUUAGUACCAAUGGUGAAGUAGACCUUAGCAACGGUUGCAGCUCUCUAUACUUGACGAAUUCGUACGACCUCCAAUUCAACAUUAUCACCGAUUCAAUGAUUACAGCUUCCUUGCGUCUCGCCAGUUUGACGCCCAACAUGUACAUGGAUGCUACUGGAAAUAUUGUCGAUAAAGGCUCAGAAGACGAUACCUACAAAGUUUUCACUUUUAACACGUGCAACAACGGGGCUUGUAAUAUAGCUGGUGAUCUUUCUGACCCUGCCGGUAUCUUUGGCGGUGAAAACAAUUACGAAGGCCCCACAGGCGACGUUCCAUCACCUGAUGCUACUGUUGUUUUCAAUAUACCUGUAGAUCAGAAAGGAUCAUUCAACAUAAACAAUCCUGCUGUAAGCAACGGCUUUUACGCUUGUCGCACGAUCUACAACUUCUAUCCAGUUACUACUAGCGGUGACUACCGGCCUAAAGGUUCUUUCUAUUUGCUUCGCAACACUGCCAACCUUGAAGGGAUCACUCUGGCUCCGUUAGGUAAAAUUGCAACGUAGUAUGUUAUGUUCUUGACCGCAUUUAACAAUGACCGUUUAUCUUAAGGCUUAAUCAGAGACGGUGGCGAAGGCUCCUUUAUUGGCAAACUCGUCGGUUACGAUUACGCUUUGCAAGAUG